AUGGUUCACGCCAGUUGGAAGCGCACCCUUGGCGCCCUCAGCAUCAUCAUCGCUCUUGUUCUGCUGGGGGUAAAAUCCCGACCGCUCCGUCGUCGCAUCGCACAUUUCCUCCAGAAAUUCAGACGGUGUGUCUGUCGGAUCAUAGCGGGCCGCGGGCGGUUGCCGCGUACUGGAUUACUGGCGCUCCCCGUGGCAACGGAGAAUGAUGCAGCAGACGGCCAAGCCACGGACGGGGAGCGUCCAGGGCUGCUGCACGAUGUUGAAGGUGUUUCAUCCAGUUUCGAGGGAACAACGGAUCCAAGCGAACAUCGAUCUACUCCGCCGAAGCGACAGGUCACGGCGAACGAACGAGGUGCUCGUACACCCGAAGCGCUCGCAAACGCCGGUGAAGAGCAAGAUCGCCAGAGCCGCGCAGACGCUCCGGCGAUUGCAAUCGGCUCUCCCGUCCCGCGUCCACAGGCUUCUUCUGUCUCGUCCUCGAAAAUGACAAAGUUUCCGCCGAACCAGCCAGGAUCCAAAUCGCACAGUUCAACGUGCAAGCCGCCACCAGGUAAACGUCCAGUGCUGGCGGAAGCGGGACGGGGAGAAGUCGAGGAGCCCGAGAAACCAAGGACUGCAGAAGGAACUGGUGAACAUGGCGACCAUGUGAAGCACCGCCCGCGAUCGUUUUUCGAGAGAUUUCCUUACUUCAUUCCUUCGUCAUCGGAAAACAGUGAUGGGAACCGGAGCGACAGUCGACCGCUCGGCACGCGGCCGGAGACAGGCGGGAGUUGUGGGGCUCUCGCCAUCUUAAGGAAAGGAAACAAGGCGAUCUCUGCUUCCGCUUCUCUCCAUGAAGCGCUGUGCGACUUGUCGAUUCUGAUUCAAGGAACAGAGCCUUCUACUUCUACAGAACCCGUAAACACAAGUAUUCCCUUUUGCUUCAGUUUCCCGUCGCUCACGUCAGCCAUGCAUUCGUCGACAGACCUCGACACGCCUCGGUUCUCAGGCGACGGACCUCUGGGAAGGGAUGAGGAAGACCGAGAACAGCGAGGAGGGCGAGAGGGAACGGUGCGGGCUUCGGAUUCGCUACCCUCGUUUUCUUCUUCGUCUCGAGAUGGCGGUCACUUGCUCAACUCGGGCAAACGACGAAGGAGCCUGGCCGAAAGAUUCCCUCGCGCCUUCGCGGCGCGAGCAGGGAGUUUCCACGGCGACGGGAGGCAAGGAAGUGCUUUACGGUGGGUGAUCGCUUCCCGAGGUGAAGCCCAAGAAGACCUACGAAGAAGGCGACUCGGCGCGUCCUCUCUGAACACGCCAGAGACAAAUUCAGCCACGGACAAAUCCACAGUGCCUUCUUCAGUGGGAGGCGAGCGGUGGGCUCAGGGGAAAGAGACUCAAAAUGACCGCAGGUCUUCUUCGACUGCAUCGUCUUCGUCGGAAUCUGCCUCCUCGAGUUCAAGUGCAUGUACUCCGUCGUCUUCGCGCCCGCUCUCACAGCCCCGCGCUUCGGCCUUUGCCCCGCCACCUGCGUCACGCCCCGCCAUCGUUUUCACGUUUCUUCCUGCUCGUGUACGGUCACAUCCAGAACGCGUCUUCUCUUCACUGCUUUCCUCAUCCGCGUUGCUGGUUCGGAAAUGGGUCCGAGCGCUGUUCCGAGGGAGAUGGCCGCUCAAUCGCCUUUUUCCAGAGGCAGGGGGAAGCGCGUUCGGUGAAGAGAGCCCAGAGCGUUGCGGCGACGAAACAGGAAAGAAGCAAACAAUCCGCCACAGGGAGCAAAGAGAAGAGAGAGGUCGAGGCGAGGACUCGCAAGCGAGUCUGACUGCUCUAUCGGGCAGGGAAAUGGCGGCGAAGAUGCGGGAGGCUUCUUUAUGUCAGCAGUUUCUUCGCCUGCUGCGUCUGGCGUUGCCGAAGGAGAAACUGUGUUCCUCCGAGGGGUUCUAUCUCGUGGUACUGCUCUCGACACUCAUCAGUCGCACCUUCCUCUCCAUCUGGAUAGCGUCCGUGAACGGCCGCGUCGUGGAAGGCAUCAUCCGGCAAGACGGAAAAAAGUUCCUGCGAGGUCUGGGCCUCUUGGUGGCGUACGCGGUACCGGCAGCUCUGGUAAAUGCGGCGAUCCAGUUCUCCGAAAAGAGCUUGGGCGUUCUGCUUCGGAAGAACUUAACCGACACCCUGGUGAAGAAGUACCUCACGGGGCUUACGUUCUACCAGAUGGUUGCGCUCGACGCGCGCGUGAACCACCCAGACGAGCUGCUGGCGAACACAACUGCCAGCUUUUGCAUGCUUGUCGCCUCGCUUUUCUCCUCGUUUCUCAAACCGACCGUGGACAUCGUCUUCCUGACUCGGUCGAUUCUUCGGCACCUCGGCGUGAAGGCGCCGCUGUUCCUCGGCCUGUGGUAUCUCCUCACAGCGGGCGUCCUUCACUGGGCCUCUCCGCCGAUUGGAAAGAAGACUGCAAGGAUGCAUGAAUUAGAUGCCAAGUACCGAGCGCUGCACUCGGACCUUCUUCAACACAGCGAAGAAAUUGCUUUCUACGGCGGAGGCAAACCUGCGGCUCUGCGACUGCAACGCGCCUUCGACGCAGCCUGCGUGUAUCGCCAGCACAUUUUUUUCAUUUACCACCUUCUUAUGGGGACUCUGGACAUGCUCUUUGCCAAGCACAUGUCAGUGGUCAUGGGUUACGCGGUUGUGGCGCUUCCCGCGUUUCGAGAGAAACUCGAGGCUCUCUUGUCUCGGAGAUCGGAGCCGCCGGCUUUGCUGGACAUGACCGACUACGUUGAAGUCUUCACCGCGGCAGAACAUGCGAAAAAAAUCAGGCAAAAACGCUUCUCCGAUGAAAUGCAAAGUCGAGGCCUUCUCGCCAGAAUCCCCAGCCGAGGAGACAAGAAGGAAGAUAUUGCACAUGCGUACGUUCGAAACAGCACUCUCCUCAUCAACCUAGCGAAAGCCGUAGGUCGCAUAGUGCUGGCCUACAAGGAGGUUCAGCAGCUCGGGGGAUACACAGAACGGCUCUACGAAUUUCUUCAGGUCGUUGAAGAUCUGCAAAGAGGCGUCUAUUGCCCAACCGUCGCUUUGAACCAAGAGUCUAAAGGUAGAGAGGCCCACAUACUUGCUUCUACAGGAAGGUUGGUAACGGAGAGCAACUCAAAGACAGUGGAAUUCCGCAACGUGGCUGUCGUAACACCCGGUGGUCACGUGCUGCUUCAGAACCUCUCGUUCGCCAUCCAAACCGGAAAAAACGUCUUUCUUUUGGGACCCAACGGCUGCGGGAAAACCUCCCUGUUUCGGAUUCUAGGUGGGCUUUGGCCUCUCGUAGAAGGCGAAGUCCGGAAACCCAAGGCCUCCAAGCUGUUCUACAUCCCUCAAAGGCCUUACAUGCCCGAAGGAACACUUCGCGAUCAGGUGAUUUACCCUAUGGCGUACGAGGACUACAUGCAGAGAGAGGCGGAGAACGACGAACAGCUGGAGGUAUUGCUGCGCCUGGUCGGCCUCGGCCACCUUCUUGAGAGAUUUCCGGAAAAGUGGGAGACGUGGCGAGACUGGCACGACGUCCUCAGUGGCGGCGAGAAGCAGCGCAUGGCCUUUGCGCGCCUUUUCUUUCACCAACCGGUUUUUGCCAUCUUGGACGAGGCGACGAGUGCAGUGUCGGUGGACAUGGAGAGCACUCUGUACCGUCUCUGCCGCGAGCGCCACAUCACGUUGAUCACGAUUUCCCACAACUUGAGUUUGCUGAAAUACCACGAGUCGCUGCUUCGAAUCUCCCCCGCGACGGCUGAAGACGGCCACGGCCCCGCCGGACAGCAGUGGUCCUUCGAGCCGACAGAGGGUUUGCGGCGUCUGGACAGCUACUCCUUUCUGCUCAACGUUGCAGAUGAUACCGACGCGCCGAGUCGAAACGCGCGUUUGCGCGAGAAGAAACGAGAGGGCCGAUACAGCCCAGCGGAGGCCAGAGCGCGAGUCAGGGGCCGCGCGUUGCGCGAGAGACGCUGUGAGGUCGGUAGCAUCGAGCACGGCGACACGGCAGAAGGUGGAGGUUGGAUCGAGAGGCUAUCCGAACUCGCGAGUGAAUCCGAGGGAAGGAGAGGAAGCGAAAGAGAGGUCGAAGCUCGAGGACAGCCUCCAGAAGAGAGGAGAAGCGACAGGGAGGAAGACGACACACCAGCAACCCGUCCACGUAAACAGAGGCUUCGUCGCGGAAACACCCGAUCAACACGUCAGGUGCUUGCGCCCGUGCAUGCAGGCGCUUCCUACGAAGCCUCGCCUUCGGCUUCCUCCUCCUCGGGGAGAUAUCCGGAGGCGAUUGAGAUUCAGGCGGGAGGUUCCGUGUCACCUGUCGAGACAGACGGCCCGAGUCACACGCCGGAAGUGGGCGUGUGUGGAACCGAGGGCGAAUGCGAGGGGUGGAGUCCAUGCGGGGAGUCCGCGCGCGAAGAGCGGAGAAAAGAGACACGUUCGAGAGAAGCCCUACUAAUUGAAGCCGACGCCGACGGAGACGCGGUCGUCGUGAUUCAAGAAAGCGUAUCGGAUCUCGAAGAAGAGGAGCUGGUCCGAGCCUGCUUCUUUCGCCUUCCGCGAUCGGCGGCUGGCUCGGACCUCUCCCACUCUCCAGAGGUCCUCAGUCGCCGCACCACGCGGUACCUUGCAGGAACUGAAGGCGCGGAUCUGCCGCAAGCAAACGCGAACGGCAGCACACAACCCGAGACUUGGCCGACUGUGGAAGGCAAUCGAGACGCGCAGCGGCUGUCGGAGACUGCGCAUCCUUCUUUCAAAUCCAUAGAAGCGGAGCCGACCAGCGACCGCGGGUUUUGGGGGGUUCCAAAUGCACCGGAGGUAUCGCCGCUCCUCCUUGCGGCGGCCCAGAUCGUGGCUGAAACGGACUUUUCUGUCGUGAAGAGCGGAGAGACCGGCGGCGCCGACGAGGUGGGCACGGCGCGGAAAUCUUCAGAGGAAAGACAAGCACGGUUGUUUCCUCCGUUCUUCACUACCGCUCCCUCGUGUUCGUCGUCGACUCCACCUUGUCGGGGCGACUCGGUUUGUACUCGGAGAAGACACAGCGGCCCCGCCGAGGGACGGCUGCCGCUCUCAGCGGCACGUAUCGGCGCGGCGGCAGCCGAAGCGACGGUGAUGUGUCUGAAGCAGGCGAGAGAAAAACAGAAAAAACUCGAAGAAGGCGGACACAACGUUAGCUGGAAAGGCGACCAGUGCCACCCGGAUCGAAGGAAUGCCUAG